GGAAUUCUGGGUUACUUUGACUCACUCGCUUUUUAUUUUUUAUUUGUUUUAUUUUACAAAACGACUGGAUUUUACAUGCCUCUUUAUCCCCCCACUUGCACUCCAUGUCCCCAUGCUCCUGCGCCAGCAACAGGACAUAUUUUCUGGAUGUCAACUGAGUUACUGAGGUAACUCUGCAUGUCAGUAGAUAGACCUUGCUAGACCCUUAAGGCUUCUGGAAACCCCGAUCUCUCCUCAUUUUUUUUUUUUUUUUUUUUUUUUUUUUUGGUGUGUGUGAGUGUCCUCACUGAACAUUCAAAACUGUUUCUCCAAAGGGUUUUACAAAAACUCAGACUGUCUUCCAAAGCAGAAGCACUGGCGUCCACCGCAGAAGCAAUGGGCAGUGUGCGAACCAACCGCUAUAGCAUUGUGUCUUCGGAAGAAGACGGCAUGAAGUUGGCCACCAUGGCAGUCGCGAAUGGCUUUGGGAACGGGAAGAGUAAAGUCCACACUCGGCAACAGUGCAGGAGCCGAUUUGUGAAGAAAGAUGGUCACUGCAAUGUUCAGUUCAUCAACGUGGGUGAGAAGGGACAAAGGUACCUCGCAGACAUCUUUACCACGUGCGUGGACAUCCGCUGGCGGUGGAUGCUGGUUAUCUUCUGCCUAGCUUUCGUUCUCUCAUGGCUGUUCUUUGGCUGUGUGUUUUGGUUAAUAGCUCUGCUCCAUGGGGAUCUAGAUGCGUCAAAAGAAAGCAAAGCUUGUGUGUCUGAGGUCAACAGCUUCACAGCUGCUUUUCUCUUCUCCAUCGAGACCCAGACAACCAUAGGCUAUGGUUUCCGCUGUGUCACGGAUGAAUGCCCAAUUGCCGUGUUCAUGGUGGUGUUCCAGUCAAUCGUGGGCUGCAUCAUCGAUGCUUUUAUCAUUGGUGCAGUCAUGGCAAAGAUGGCGAAGCCAAAGAAGAGAAACGAGACUCUUGUCUUCAGCCACAAUGCUGUGAUUGCCAUGAGAGAUGGUAAGCUGUGCUUGAUGUGGCGAGUGGGUAAUCUUCGGAAGAGCCACUUGGUGGAAGCUCACGUUCGAGCUCAACUCCUUAAAUCCAGAAUUACUUCUGAAGGGGAGUAUAUCCCCCUGGAUCAAAUAGACAUCAAUGUUGGGUUUGACAGUGGGAUUGACCGUAUAUUCCUGGUUUCCCCAAUCACUAUAGUCCAUGAGAUAGAUGAAGACAGUCCUUUAUAUGAUUUGAGUAAACAGGACAUCGACAAUGCAGACUUUGAAAUUGUGGUGAUACUGGAGGGGAUGGUGGAAGCCACUGCCAUGACAACACAGUGCCGUAGCUCAUAUCUGGCAAAUGAAAUUCUCUGGGGCCACCGCUACGAGCCUGUACUCUUUGAAGAGAAACACUACUACAAAGUAGACUAUUCAAGGUUUCACAAGACUUAUGAAGUACCCAACACACCCCUUUGUAGUGCCAGGGACUUAGCAGAAAAGAAAUAUAUCCUCUCAAAUGCAAAUUCAUUUUGCUAUGAAAAUGAAGUUGCCCUCACAAGCAAAGAAGAAGACGACAGUGAAAACGGAGUUCCAGAAAGCACUAGUACAGACACACCACCUGACAUAGACCUUCACAACCAGGCAAGUGUGCCUCUAGAGCCCAGACCCUUACGGCGAGAAUCAGAGAUAUGACUGACUGAUUCUUUCUCUGGAAUAUUUUCUUUAAACACAGCCUGUUGGUCAAAGGCCCAGAACAGUUAUUCAGAAGACGGUACUGGUGCAGAGGUGCAUCAAGGCAAGUGGCCACAAGAGACUGAGGCUGGCACAAUGGUUUCCAAGAAAGAUUGUGAGCUUGGAGGUUAAUCAAAAGUAGUAAACAUUGCCUCCCUGUGACUUGAAGGCACACAGAUGUUAUAUAAUAAGUUAUGGGGUCUUUAUGUUUUGUUUUGUGUUUUUACAAAACUUGAACUUGCAGGCAAGCCUUGGUUGGGUAUUUGACUUAUCCAGAAUGCUUCUCUCUAGGGAACAAGAAUGUUUUUAAUGGCAUAACAAAGGCAAGACUCUGCCUUAAUUUUUUGAAAAGCUGCUAACUACAUGAACACAAAUUGUAUUUUUGUCGCAGUGUAGUUUUUUCUCUGUGUAACUUAAAAGUCAGUGUUGAACUUCGUUAAAAGCUCAUGAUAAUGGGCUUCAAAGUGGCAAGUAUUUGGCUAUAGCUGCCAAAAUGAGAGCCUGAUUUUUGAGGCCAGUAAUUUGUUUGCUAGAAUUGAUUUUUUUUCCUCUCUUUGGUUACAUAAGGGCAUUAUGUAACACUAGCCAAAUGGUAGCCUCUGGGUUGGUUUUGUUCCCUCCUCUCCAUGAUGAUAAUGGGUUAUCUCAAUUUUUAAGUUAGACUGCCUAAAAGAAAUACCAAAGAUAAUGCACAUUUUUGCACAGUGGAACUUAUGCUAAAAAAAAAAAAAAGAAAAGAAAAGAAAAAAGAAAAAAAGAAAGCCUUGUGGCUGUUUUGCAAUCAAGAGAAAAUAACUUUAAGCCCAAGUAAGCCCUUUCGUAUCGCACCUUAGUCAGAAGCUCUGUCAUUCACACAGAGCCUCAAAGUCUAAUGCUUUUAAAAUUCUGUCCUUCCAUAUAGCUUUUGCAAUGUAAGAAGAAGAAAACGGAAGUGAAGUUUGCACAUACACACAAUACAAACAUCUUUCUAUUUUGCUACAUAGUGCUGGUGUGGGUAACACAUAAAGAUGUUAAGAGAUGUGGAUAGUGAUAUGCUCUUAAGAUUUUUCUGGGUUUCUCCUUUUGCGCAUUCCAAAGUGUAUUCCUUAACAUAAACCUUAGUGGAGUUUAGGUGGCAUCUUCAGAACUGAGCCAUCCUAUAUGAAACAGUAAAGAGCUUUAAAUUUUUGCAACUGAAUGCAUUGUCCAGUCUGUCUGAAUUUCCAGUUUUAGACUUCACCUUGCAGAAGACGAUAUCAAGCCUGGCCUCUUGGCUAACUCUUCUGAUGGUUAUAUCAGGAAUAGGUCUUGCAAGAGUUCGGAGAGCUGAAAAUGCCAAAGUGAGGAGGGGCAGAGAGACGGGGCAAGCCAUGUUGAUGAAGUACAGCAGCUCAAGUAUUCAGGAGGGAGAGGAAUGUUGGUUUUUAAAUGGUAGAGGGCAGGAUUGUAAAAAAUGUCUCUGUAUUUCAGAGUCAACUAGAGCCAUCAAAAUAGCACAUGAUUACAAGUAAGAGAUAGGAAUAUGAGAGAAUAAUUUUUCCCUUUUUGAGCACACUCUUCAUUGAAUCUCAGCUGACCCCUCUCCUGUCUAACUGCCUGACUUGAUAGAACUUUUAAUUUAAAAAAAAUUUUUUUCUUGUCUGCUCUAGUUCCGUAAUAGAGCUCUUUUGUUUUAAAGAUCUCUAUUUGUGAACUCUGGGGUUACUGACUUUUCUUUUUAAUUUGAAUCUCAGAAUCAACUCUUAUGGUAUUAUAAUGCUGUAUGCCAUUAAAAAACAGCUUGUUCUAGGAUCAUGUAUUUUGUAAUUUGAUGUCUGUGAUGGUCUCUGGUUUUCGAAUAGCCAUGUUCACAUGUGGUGCCUGCAAACAUUUGACAGUUUCUGCUGUUCUCAGCCUUCAAAGUUGCUGGGUUGGAAAAUCAUGACAUUAUUUUGAUUAAAACCAAGGGAGAUAUGAUAAGCUGUUUAACUCCAUACUGAGAGGCAGGUUGAGGAAGUUGUUCAGAGAGAUGGAGGAAUCGGGAUUGAGUAGACACGAGAAUUCACAGAAGAGGCAGUACUUUGGCUGUUAGUGAGAGGGAUGUCGAGUGCUUCCGCUGCUGCUAUUUUUGAUACUUUGCAAAGGAAAAUAAUCAAACCAAAGAGUAUUCAAUGAUAUGUAUAUUCAGUGAAAACCUAGUGGAGACUGAGGGUGACCAUGGAGAAUGCCCCUCCCAAACACACCUGGCUGCCGCUGGAAAAAGACUUGAGGCCUUUGAAAUGGGGAUGGGGCAGGGAUGGGGAUGAUGGAGGAGAACCUUUCAACUUCUUUCUGAAAAAGAGAAAAAAAAAUUAAAUUUCUGGUGCACAGGUUUGUUUUUGUUUUGUUUUGUUUUGUUUUUCAAGAAAACUUUGCAGAAGCUAUGUUUUUAAAGUGUACAUUUUAUAAAGUCUAUCAGAUAUUUUCAUAUUUAAAGCCAAAUGUAAAUAGAAGUCUGUAAAGGAAAAAAUAAGAUGCCAUAGAGAGUAUAAUUUCAUUACAGCACGUUCUGAGAGCUAGUACCUAUAUGCUACUGGUUAGCAUGGUUUUAGCACAUGGUCACCAGCUUUAUAAGGUUCAUAUUGCUGUGUUCUUCUGUUAUUUAUUUCAGCAUGGACUGUUCAUUUGGAAGCUUUUUCUAGUUCAUUAGUACUUUAACCAUUACAAGCUUUAAAUGGCAUUUCUUUGUCACGAGCCAAGACACAGGUAAUGCACAGCAUUUCUCGUUGUGUUUUACCUUAAAAAGAAUUGUCCUUAAUGACUGAGUCUCCUUAAUCAGUGGGCAGGUGUCAUUAGCUUGAGAGACUCACAGUUAAUACCUGGAUAUUUAUUCCUGGAUACAUGUUGCUUCUCUGUUGCAAGCAAAUCCCCACUGAAUCUGCUUAGGAAUUUUAAAUUUCCUUUUAAAGACUUUUUUGCCUGCAUAUGAAGGGGCAGUAUAUUUUGGGGAGGAGGCAUAGAUUCCCCACUUAUCCUACUUUUAAAUAAAAGGUAGACAAAGUGAAUUCUAUUUUGAUUAUUGAGAAAGGAGUAGUUUUUUUUUUUAUCCCCCUAAGAGUAUACUUGAAUUAGACCUUUUUAAGGAUGUCAUUAUAGCACUGUAGUCAUUUCCAAAUUCCUUGGAGAAAGUGUGUUUUACUUUUGAAAACAAUCAGUAGUGCAUUAUUUCUCCCCUUCACCUUCUGUCAUCCUAAUAAGUUCCCAUCCUAAAACUUAAUGUUAUUUUCUUUUUGGAUGAGCUUUCUUCCCUAAAUCAUGUCACUCUUGCAAAUAAUGUCAGUUCUUAUUUUGUAAUAAGCCACUCAGUAAAGCAAAGAGCUUGUUCUGAGUCAGUAGAAUGAGUUCUUUUUCGCUCUUUGUCUGACAAUGUUAAGAUGGAAAAAAAAAAAAGUGCUGUGUAGUCACCUCCCCACUCUCGACUAGAAUCUUUGCUCGUGAUGUUGAGGUUCAGCUCUGGGCUUUGGCGAGUUGAACAAUUUUGGCCUUUGACAAUCGUUAAUAGUUAUUAUUUUCCUGUUUGCAGAUUUUUUUUUUGUAUCUAAAGUCUUCCUAUUCUACUGCACAAACCAUGGAUUGUACAUAUUUUUAUAUAUUAUGUCUUAUUUUAUUAUUUCUAAAUAAAAAAUUGAAAACAAAUCAGUGUAAAAUCUUUGGACUUCCUGAAUAACUACUGUAGAGUGGUUGAAAUAGAAAGCAAAUGUUCCCAAACAAAAGGACAUAAGCUCUGGUAGUUUGGAUGAAUAGACCCAUAGAAAUUGCCUAAACAGACAGGUGCUGUGGGGUGGCAGCUUAGUUUAAUCCAACUUAGAGGAAAUCAAGAUCAUAUUUUAUUUUUGGACAGAAUGGUCUAGGUAGAAAGUGAGUAGAAAGAUUAAAAAAAAAACAAAAACUAACAGAUAUCUCCCCCUCCCCAACAAAGCUGCAGUGAGAACCAUAUUUUUAUUGUUUGAUAUUAAUUCUCUAUAUUGACUCAUACUAUGCAUGGAGU